AUGCGUUCCUCAACUGUUCUUCAGACUUCUCUCCUUGCUGUCCUGCCUCUUGCCGUUCAGGCUCAGGGCGCCUCUGGGUCUGGCAAGUCUACCAGAUACUGGGACUGCUGCAAGCCAUCAUGUGCCUGGCCAGGUAAGGCGGCGGUCAACAGACCCGUCUUUGCCUGUGACGCCAACUUUCAGCGCAUUUCCGACUCUGGUGUUGCCUCUGGCUGCAAUGGUGGCUCUGCCUACUCGUGCGCUGACCACAGUGCCUGGGCCAUCAACGACAACCUCUCCUAUGGCUUCGCUGCCACUGCUCUGAGCGGGGGAUCCGAAGCUUCUUGGUGCUGUGCCUGUUACGAACUCACCUUCACCGACGGCCCCGUCGCCGGCAAGAAAAUGGUCGUCCAGUCCACCUCCACCGGCGGCGACCUCGGAAGCAACCACUUCGACCUCAACAUCCCCGGCGGCGGCGUCGGCCUUUUCGACGGCUGCAAGCCCCAAUUCGGCGGCCUCCCCGGCGCCACCUACGGCGGUAUCUCCGACCGCAGCCAGUGCGCCUCGUUCCCCGACGCCCUCAAGCCCGGGUGCAACUGGAGGUUUGACUGGUUCAAGAACGCGGAUAACCCGUCGUUUACCUUCAGACAAGUCCAGUGCCCGUCUGAGUUGACGGCGAGGAGUGGGUGCAAGCGGGAUGACGAUUCCCGGUUCCCGGUAUUUUCUCCCCCGGGAGGCGGCAGCCAGCCCCAGCCUCAGCCGACUAGCAGUGCGGCGCAGAACCCGAACCCGACUCCUAGCGCGGCGCCAGGUGGGUGCAGGGCUGCGAAGUAUGCGCAGUGUGGUGGGCAGGGGUUUACGGGGUGCACUACUUGUGAGGCGGGGAGCACUUGCACUGCUAGCAAUCAGUGGUAUUCCCAGUGCCUAUAA